GCCGGCAGCGGCUGCGGGUCGCGGGCGACGUGGUGCGCGCGCCUGGCUGCUGCCGCCGCUCGGAGAGCGCCGGGGGAGGGGCGCGGGUGGGGAAGCUACGGAGAAGAAGAGGAAGGAAGAGCAGGAGGGGCGGUGGCACAGAGCAGCGAGCCUGGCGGCUCCCGCCGCCGCCUCGGCCCCACCAUGAUCAAAGCCAUCCUCAUCUUCAACAACCACGGCAAGCCGCGGCUCUCCAAGUUCUACCAGCGCUAUAGUGAAGAUACACAGCAACAAAUCAUCAGAGAAACUUUCCAUCUAGUAUCGAAACGAGAUGAAAAUGUCUGUAAUUUCCUAGAAGGAGGACUAUUAAUAGGUGGAUCUGAUAACAAACUGAUUUACCGACACUAUGCCACCUUGUAUUUUGUCUUCUGUGUGGAUUCUUCAGAAAGUGAGCUUGGCAUUUUAGACCUCAUACAAGUAUUUGUGGAAACACUAGACAAAUGUUUUGAAAAUGUCUGUGAACUGGACUUAAUUUUCCAUGUAGAUAAGGUCCAUAACAUACUGGCCGAAAUGGUCAUGGGUGGAAUGGUUUUGGAGACCAACAUGAAUGAAAUUGUCACUCAGAUUGAUGCUCAAAAUAAACUGGAGAAAUCUGAGGCUGGUUUAGCUGGAGCUCCAGCCCGGGCUGUUUCAGCUGUAAAGAAUAUGAACCUGCCAGAGAUCCCAAGAAAUAUUAAUAUUGGUGACAUCAGUAUAAAAGUGCCAAACCUACCCUCUUUUAAAUAACAUGGCCACUCCAGGUAAAACCAAGGAAGAAGUGUAAUAGAGAUUUACUGCUUACUUGUUUACUAAAUGAGCACCAUGUCUAACUUUUGCUAUUUGGAUAAAACUCAAGGUACUGUUUAGACAUCAUUUGAAAAAUCAGUGUGUGGAAUUGAGCGUUGCUUUUGUCUUGUUUGUGAAGUUAAAGGAAAUGGGUAGUUCCCGUGUGAUUUCUGAAUUACAUUCCUGUGCCCUUAUAUGGCAUAUCACUGUGUCUCGGCUGCUGCAGUAUUUUGGGAAAGUAUUUAAGAUGUUCUUUACUUUGUAUAACCUAUAACGCUGAGGGUUUGGGGUUUUUUUUGUAUAUUCACUAAGGUCUAUAAUUAGUGCAUUCCUUAACUACUUCUGCUGUUUGUCAUGAUUAUUUUAAAGACUUUAGUGCAAACAUUGCAUGAAAACAUUAAACUCUUGUUUUGUUUUAAAUAAAAUCAUAACAAACUGGACUUUGAAAUACCUGUUUGUCUGAAAUCUACUCUUUGCAAUAAAUCAUGUUAUUUCCUAUCCAUGGAGCCAAUUGACUAUAUCUGAAUACUGUUGUAGCAAGCAUUGAUGUUGUAGUUUAACCUCUGAGGGAAUUACAUGGGGGUGCUGUGUUGAACUUAUUGGCUCUUCACAUUUCUCACAAAAGCUGUUCAUUAUUUCUCUGAAGGAAAAAUUGCCUUUACUGAAGUUUAAUGACUUCUGUUUACAUAUAGAUGUUGAGAAGAUACUUACACAAUCUGAUAGACUUUCUCUGAUGGUCAGACUUUGGUUUGGGGAAAAAAGACAUCUGCAGUUACUAUCUGUGUUCUAAGAAGUAUAGAAUGGGCUGAGAAUGGGCAGCUCAGAAGUGUAAAUGUGAGAGCAUCAAGCGGUGUGACAAAGAAAGGCACUCUGGAAAUGAGGAUACUUGAAUAGGGCCUCUGUGCCUGGGGAUAUCUGUGAUUCUCUACUUUGAGAAUUAGACUUAAAUUAACAUUGUCAAGACCUCAAAAAAAUCUUAAGUGCUAUCACCUCUGUGUAAGUUACUCAGCUCUUAAACUCUUUUGUGAUUAAAAAACAAAGGGGAUAGAGAUUGGUUUUUAUAAUCAUGUGUUUAAGCUCUGUGUGAUGUACAAGUCUGUUUAAAUGAAUAAUAAAAAUAUCAUUGAGAUAUUUAAGAA